UGAGCUCUCACUUGUUUCCCUGAAAAGCUGAUUUCUGUCAACUACUUCAUUCAUUAUGAUAAGUUACAAUUAUAACUAAAAUUAUUACCUGAGACUCACCAACUCUCUCGCUCACUCACUCGCUUUACUGCAACUUUUCCCGUUUUCAAGUUUAUUCAAGUUUCUCGUCAUUCCAUUGACUCUCUACAACUACCAAUGUUAACUAUUAAUACUCAUCCUUUUCCUUCUGACCUGUUGAUUAAACCAGAUAAAAGUCGCAACUAGAAAUCAGGAUUGACCAACAACAAAAUUAAUCGACACUCAUCAUUGUGCAUCACUAACGUCAACAUCAUUUGCGUCAUUUUUUGUCAAAUAUUUUUAAACUUGUUCUUCCCUUAUUUUCCCUUUUCUAGUUCGACCUUUUUUCGCGUAAAAUGUGCGUCCAUUCCUAGUGCAUCUCUUUUCUUCGGUCGAGAGUAAAAAGUUUUUUUCUUCUCAAUUUGGUUUCAUUCAUCAUUGUCUUGUUUCCAAUCAAUCUUUGCUUCUAAAUAUUGUAUCAGCUUUUCAUUGUUGGCCAUGGAUCUUAACAAAUCGAUGUCACCAAUAACCUUAAUCAUUGGACUAUCCAUCAUUGUAUUUGGCAUUUACUUGCCCAUUUUGAUUGAUAAUUUCAUUACAACAACAAUUCAACAAAAAUUUCCAUUAACAAAUGGCUCGGAAACGCUAUCAGCUUGGACCAAUCCAGAUAUUCCUAUUUACACUCGUUUCUACCUUUUCAAUCUAACAAAUGUUGAUGAUUUCAUUUCCGGAGAAAAGGCAAUCUUUACUGAAAUGGGUCCAUACACCUUUAGGCAGGUUCGGAGGAAUGUUAUUCACACAUGGAAUUCAGAUGAAACUCUGUUUGACUAUGAAACAAUUCGAAGUUACAACUUUGUUCCACAUUUGUCGGCAGGAAAUCUUGAUGAUACAUUAACGUUAAUCAAUUUCCCUGUAGUGACAAUUGCGAAAACGAUUGCCGAGAAAGCUCCAAUGUUCAAGAAGACUGCUGGUUCCAUCAUCAAGAAACAUGGCGGAGGCUUGUUUCUUAAUCUGACAGUGGGUCAAGUCCUUUUCGAUGGUUUCGAAGUUCCAUUUGUGACUAAAUUAUCAACCAUUUCUCGAAGCUUGAAAAUGCCUAUUCCAGAUAAGUUUGGCAUCAUGUAUGGACAAAAUAACUCUGGUAAUGGCGUUUACACAGCAUUUACGGGUAAAGACGAUGUCAAAAAACUUUUAUUGAUGCACGAAUGGAGAGGCGAAAGAACUGUAGACUGCUGGGCGAGCUCUCGAUGUGGAAUGCUCAAUGGAACUGAUGGAACCUGGUUUCACCCAAUGAUCUCACCAACAGAAACACUGUACAUUUUCAAUGCUGAAGUAAACAGAUCGUUAUCUCUGGAAAACUCGGGAGACUCUCUUGUCCAAGGCUUGUCAAGUUAUCGUUUUACUGCAGCUCGAGGAUUACUUAAUGCACCAACUUUUGACAGCAACAAUGAAUGUUUUUGCGUCUCCAAUGACACGGCUCUCAGUGAAAAUGGAUUCUGUUCACUGGAUGGAGUUCUUGAUAUUUCAAAGUGUCAUAAUGGCGUACCUUUGGUUUUGUCUUUGCCACACUUUCUCUACUCUGAUCCUCUUUUAAUCCAUUCCUCGAAAGGCAUUAAUCCCGACGUCUCUAAACAUCAAUCAUAUCUCGAUGUUGAACCGUUGACCGGAAUUGUACUCUCAGCACGUCGAAGGAUUCAACUCAAUAUACGACUUCGUUUCGCCUACAAUUUAGGAGGUAUUUCAUUGAACGAUAUGGUUUAUCCACUCGUUUGGCUCGAAGAGGGAGCCGAUAUAACCAAAGCCAAAGCUGAUGAAUUGUAUGAAAAGAUAUUCCACAAGAUUAUCAUGGCUCAAAUUAUUUCUGUAUCAUUAGUCAUUGCUGGAAUUGGGUUAAUUAUUUUCUCACUUGCAUCAUUAUCAUGGCCUUAUGUAUCCAAGAAGUUCAUCACCAAAUGCAAGUCCAAAGUAGCCAAAGACAGGAAAUCGGGUUACACUUAUCUUGGACUAAAGACUUCCCCACCAGAAGUUGUUUGCGAAGAAAAAAUUGAGAAAACUUGAAAUCUUCCAAACUGUAAAAAAAUGGUUCAGCCGACGUUGCGACGAAACUCAAUGGAAAGAAAAGCUGGAUUUUUGUAAAUUUUUCAACCUUCUUUUUCUUACUUUCAUGGAAACUCAAACAUUUUAUAAUUUGAAGAGCAAAUUUGUAAAUAUCAAUAUUUUAUCAUUUAAAAUGAACUUGAACUUAUUGUAUUCAUAA